AUGCUCGCAUUGCGUGGUCAGUUCAAUGGCACGGAGGAUACGGGGAUGGAUGUGCAUAGCAGCAACAUACCCGGCUAUAAGAACGUUCCAGCAGCUGAACUUGUGAACGAAAAUGGAAUGAUGAAAACUCCUGAAGAAAUUCGUGAAGUGCUUUCACAGAACGGAUAUAAAGCUGGACAACCAAUCGUGACAAAUUGUAAUACCGGAAUGCAAGCAGCGAUGCUGGCAUUUGCUGUGAAAUUGGCAUAUCCUGAAGAAUCGCCGCGGGUCUACAAU